ACUGGGUGACAGUCGUGGUGUUUGGAUUAUAAAAGUGCAGAGCUCUGCUCUGCUUCCUCUGCUAGGCAGGCUGUGAGGUUUAAGGAUCUUCUCAGAACAGCUGACGAAGAAAAAGGUUGGGAGGCAGCCGGAAUAUUUUAAACCGUGGGCUGAUAGAUUGCUGCUUCUGUUCAACUUGGUGAGCUGGACCUGCAGUUUGCAUUGAUCUUUACAGUGAGACGGUUUAAGCACUGGCUAUCUAGCUCGGACAGAAGGUGGAGUUGAGAUAGGAUAGGAAACAAGACUUGAUAUCCAGCCAGUGUAAGGCUGUGCAUAUCUUUACUACUCUAAGGAGUUGGCCAUCCCUGUCUACCGAGCUGGACACUUAACUAUGGAAUGCAUUCACCUGCUGAUAACUUCAACCUUAAGAAACUGUGUUAUCACUACCCGGAGAAGUAUUAGUUAGCAGUACAACAUCUCCAAACACUACCAAGCACUUUUACGGAAGAAAACUACAGUUUACAGAGCUUGGCCUGGGUUGUGCGUGUGCGUGUUUGUGUGUGGGUCUGUCUGUGAUUCUUCCAGUUCACUUCAGUGCAAAUACUUGAAACGUAAAAUCCAAAAUGGUGCUGGAAAAUUACUUGUGGAUGGUGAUAGUGGGCUUCAUAAUAGCCUUCAUUCUUGCUUUCUCUGUGGGUGCGAAUGAUGUGGCCAAUUCCUUUGGCACGGCUGUGGGAUCUGGGGUUGUGACGCUGCGCCAGGCCUGCAUCCUGGCUUCCAUUUUUGAAACAGCUGGGUCUGCACUACUUGGAGCAAAGGUUGGAGAAACCAUCCGGAAGGGAAUCAUCGAUGUUAACCUGUAUAACGGAAGUGAGAAUAUCCUUAUGGCUGGUGAAGUCAGUGCAAUGGUUGGUUCUGCGAUCUGGCAACUGAUUGCUUCAUUUUUGAAGCUUCCAAUUUCGGGCACACAUUGCAUUGUCGGAGCCACCAUUGGUUUCUCACUUGUUUCAAUUGGCGCUCAUAGUGUCCAAUGGAUCCAGCUCGUAAAGAUCGUUGCCUCCUGGUUCAUUUCCCCACUUCUAUCUGGGAUCAUGUCUGGAGUGCUCUUUAUCCUAAUUCGAUUCUUCAUCUUGAAAAAGGAAGAUCCUGUGCCGAAUGGCCUACGUGCACUUCCACUCUUUUAUGCUGCUACUGUAGGGAUAAAUACUUUCUCAAUCUUGUACACAGGAGCACCACUGCUGGGAUUACACAUGCUCCCCAUCUGGGCAGUGGUGUUAAUCACCUUUGGUGCAGCCCUGCUGUCUGCACUCGUGGUGUGGCUGUUAGUCUGCCCGUGGAUGAAGAGGAAAAUAGAAGGUAAACUAAAGCAGAAAGGACUGUCCAGAAUAUCGAAUGAAAGCCUUGAUAAAAGCCAAGAAGAGGAAAUGCCAGUAUUUAAAGACCUGCCUGGCACAAAGGCAGCAGAUGAGUCUAUGCUGCCUCUCACUACUGGAGUCUGUGAGGCAUGUGGUGGUGCCUCAGAUGGCCAUGUCAUUGGUGCAUCAACAGGAGUUUCAAAUGGUAGAGCUGCAUCCCUUACAAAUGGCAGCGUAAAAUCUCCUUUUUCCAAUGGUACAUUUAACUUCGAAGGGCAUACAAGAAGUGACGGCCACGUAUACCAUACAGUGCACAAAGACUCUGGGCUCUACAAAGAUCUCCUGCACCGAAUACAUUUAGACAGGAUCAGCGAUGAUCGGACACAGCCAGAGAACUCCUAUAGACUUCUCCGCCGCAAUAACAGCUACACGUGCUACACAGCCACUAUUUGUGGUAUGCCUGUCCAGACAGCCUUCAAGUCCUCAGACUUUGUGGGGCUGGAAGACAAUGAGAAGCUUGUAGAUGAUGUGGCCUCCUACUCCAAAAAGCGGAUUCGUUAUGACAGUUAUUCUAGCUACUGCAAUGCAGUAGCUGAAGCAGAGAUUGAGGCCGAGGAAGGAGGGGUGGAACUGAAACUGGCCAGUGAGCUGGGGGACCCCCUGCCACCAGCAGACAAUGUUGUGGAUGAAGAUGGCGAGGAGAAGGAGAAGCCCCAGGUUCAUCUGCUCUUUCAUUUCCUGCAAAUCCUCACUGCUUGCUUCGGAUCAUUUGCACAUGGUGGUAACGAUGUCAGCAAUGCAAUUGGUCCUUUGGUUGCUCUUUGGCUGAUCUACCAAGAAGGAGCUGUGUUGCAGAAUGCCUCCACGCCAAUCUGGUUGCUGCUAUAUGGUGGCAUGGGAAUCUGUGCAGGCCUCUGGGUCUGGGGCAGGCGAGUCAUUCAGACGCUGGGCAAAGAUCUCACUCCCAUCACCCCUUCCAGCGGGUUCACAAUUGAGUUGGCUUCGGCGUUCACAGUUGUGGUUGCUUCCAAUGUUGGACUUCCUAUCAGUACCACACACUGCAAGGUUGGCUCUGUGGUCUCUGUGGGAUGGAUCCGAUCACGCAAAGCUGUGGACUGGCAUUUAUUUCGUAAUAUCUUCCUGGCCUGGUUUGUGACCGUCCCAGUCUCUGGUCUCUUCAGUGCUGCUUUUAUGGCACUCUUUGUAUAUGGAAUAUUACCAUAUGUUUAAAUUUGAUUUUUAAGAAGGUUUUUAACCAGUGGCGUGAGGUGCCCCUUUUCUUCAAUAUAGCAGUCACACCCCCUCCCAAAAGUUGGUUUAUUCCUUUUUUCUUUCUGUUUGCUGUUUUAAAAGGAAUUAAAGAGCUAUAAAUUAAUUUUAUAUUUUCAUCUUAUCUGUUUUCUCACAGACUGUAAUUUACACUACAUAUUCUCAUUUUGAUAACUUGGUAACUUGUAAUGCAAAGCCCCAUUUUGUGGUGUAUGUGUACACCUGUAAAUUGGGCUUCAAAGUCAUGAUGUUUGUGGAAUGAAUGGUAUUGCGUGGAAGAUUUUGUACCCAUGGAUGUUGUAAAGAUGAUGUAUAUAUUGUAUUAUUAAUCACUGGAAAGCUUUCCUUGGUUUGGACCCAAGAAAGAAUUUUUAAAACAAGAUGGUAUGCUUUGCUUUAUUAAAAUUAUCUGUCUGAUCUGGAAUAAGGUAUAAAACCCUAUUUCAAUAAUCAGCCUCUUUUUUUUGGCAAGGUGCAUUUCUCCAUACAUACUCUGCGUGCUACAAACAUCAUAAUCAGAAUGGGGAGAGAUUCAUUGUGAUAGGUUUCAUGGAAACUUGAUUUCAUCUUAUAAGAUUGACAGUUGUAUUAUAUUGUAAUUUCCAAUGUAAAUACUAUCUAUGAAAGAUUUGAGUUUGCUUGUGUGUGUGUGUUUUUAAUUGGUACAGAUUUCACUCACUCAUUUAAGGCUUCAAAGCUAUAUUGAAUGUACCAAAGAUUCAAAAAUAAAGAUUUGUCAGUAUUUCCACUUCAGUUGUUUAAAAAUGCCUAUUUAUAAUUUUGGGUUCCAUCUCAAAUUCUUUUGAAAUUCAAUGACAUUUUGCUUUAACUUGAACUGGAAGAAAAUGUUAGUUUCCUGUAAAUUAAAAUGAAAAGUAUUCCUCAAUUUCAAAUAUGACAUCAAAUCAAUAUUAGCCAAAAUGUCUAUUAUGCUCUGAUGUGGUUUCUAUACCAUUGGAUAUGGUAUCCUGCAUUCCAGAAGUGCAGUUGAUUUUUUUUAAACUAGUGAAGCAGGGGUUCCUUUGGCUGAGAGAUUGGUGGAAAUAAUCAAGAAACUGGAUUGAAUGCAUUUCAGAGAGUUCACACCAAAAUUUCAAUUCUCAAGAAUCCAGCCCAUUAGUUGGCCCACCAUGCUCCUGGUUAUGGUUACCUUGGGUUUAAAAGUUGCCUCCAGAUAAUAGUUUUUUGAAUUGACCUUACACAAUAUUCAGUUAGAUCCUUAGUCCUUGUCUUGUUCUGUAUUUUGGGAGGUAUACAGGGAAAUGGUUACUAGUGACUUUUACCGUAAAAUUCACAAUCAGCUUCUUACUAUCUGAGGUUGAUAGCUGCAUAUUAUGAGGUGACAGCUUCUAGUUGAGAUUGUUUCCUUGUUGAGUGGAACGUUAAAAAAAAUACCAUUUUCAAUGGAUAAGUAGGACCCUAGCUAAUACUCAUUUCACAGUGAACAUCAUUGAAACAGAUUAUUUGAUCAUUGCUGAUUGUGGAUUUUGCCAAAAGUGAUUACUAUUCUGGUUUAGAAAGCACGUUUGGGCACGUGUGGUAAACAACAUAGAUGCCAGCUACAAUAGUGCCCAGUGUAAAAAAAAAGUUCCAUUUGGAAGUUCAUUUCCCUUGUUACAGAUGAAUUUUUCUCCAUUGUGGUCCAAGUUGGUGUCUUCCAGGAAUCUAUCUACUGUAAAUGUAUUAUUUUUAAUACUUGUAUCUUUUUGGUAAUAGCUGAUGACUUUCCCCUAAAAAAUCAUUCAUGUGGUAAAAUGAUGGAAAAUAUUUUAGAAAUAAAAUCUUCACU